AUGAAUUCAAACGCUCAAACCUUUGCUAUGCCCUCACCCCGAUACUACGCGCCAUACGGCGCCCCGGGAUCAAAGGCCCAACCUCACGCAAGUAGCUCACGACUAGCCACACCCUAUCGGCCUUCGCCACUCUCCACGCCCGCGAUCAGCGAAGCAACCAGCGAGACGGAGACCUCAGAAGACCACGCAAGUAGCGUCGUGCAGUGUGACGAAGAAAGCAUCCUACGGCCCCUCGGCCUUUCUGAGCAAGACAUGCAGAGCGCUCACUCCGCCUCGUGGGGCUCGUCCGAGACGCCGAGUGAGGUAGCGUGGCUCACGCAGCGGCGCGCGAUGGACGCGCGCCAGAGAUUCCAAAGCGCCUCGAAAUACGCCGUACCAGUACCAUCGUCGAGCACCGCACUGAAUCCGCGCGCAGGCGAGUUCAUCCCGGUCGCCGCGCGCCUGCAGGGCCCGCCACCCGGGCUGGGCACGGCUGUGCUGCGGUUGCAGCAUCCAUGGAUGGCGAGCUUCCGCAGGGGCUCUGUGACGCAUGACCCCAAUGUGCGUGCGCAGUAUGCGAGGGAGAUCGUGCGUUCAGGGCACUGGGAUACGAGCGUGAUGACGGACCUCGCGAGGAAGUUCGCGGAGCGCGUGACGGAGAGCAAUGGAGAGGACUUGAACGUCGUCGCGUUGCUCGCGCGCGCGAUCAACAGCCACUUCGCAGAGCUUGGGGGCGAGGUCUGCGCGAACGCGUUUCGAGAAAUCAUGAUGUAUUGUCUGUGGGUUGAGUUUGACGCGUUCUGGAAUCCGAACAACCCCACCUCCUUCAUCUGCACCCCUCGCAAAACAGAGAACCCCACUCUAAGUGUCGCGCUUUCGUUCGUCGCCUUCUCCGGAGAGCUCUACGCUGUUAAAAUCGUGAACUCCGAUUUCGUGCGUAAGUGCCUGAACGGCCUCGUGGCAGACAUGUUCGUCAUCGAGCAGCUGCGCGCCGCGCGGGUGCUCUUGACACGCCUCGACUGUACCAUGUUUAAGGAGAAUCCGCAAGUCAUGAACGACAUCGUCGCUGCAAUCAACAACCACGCCCUACGCAUAGUCCCAGGCCAGAGCUCACUCGGCGAGGUCUUCGACCAGCGCACCGUCCACGUGCAAGUCGAGGACAUCAACGCCGCGGCCAAGCGCUGGGCCGCACCGGAACGGCGCGCUCACACGAAGGAGGCGUUCGCGGACAGCGGCUUCACGCCUCGCGUGUUCGCACCCGAUACGCUUCCGCCGCCGCCCGGCUUGAAACCCUCGCCCCAGCUCGUUUACGCGACGGCUCGCACGAUCAAGCCUGCCCGACGAUGA